GUUCUUGGGGGUCACGGGUGUGGAGGUGAGAGGGUGUGGUGUGUCGAUUGGUGGGUGGGUUUGGGACUGAGUGUGUUGGUUUUGGUGUUUGGGUAUGUGUUGUGUGUGUGUUCGUGCUGGUGCUGGUGCUGGUUAUAUAGCUGGUUGGAUGCUGGGAGGUAGUUCUCUGGGGACUGGACUCCGUCAUCGGAGAUACAAUACUAUUGCGUUGUCGACAGUUAUCUGUGUACUCGAACUCAACCCCUCUUCUUCCCCUCAGUUGCUGCCGUGGGCGGGUACUGUCGGAUACGGCCUAUGCAGGGGGCCAUCGGAAGUUGGCCGACUUUCGUCUUGAUAGAGGGGUUUGUUAUCUGGGUGUGGGGGGAUAGGAGAUAAUGGGUGCGUUUGGAGAUAGGGGUGGGGAUUUGUGGUAGAU